AAAAGAUUGCGGGUCACUUGGACUCUCUGCUACUUCGACCGCCAACUGACACCACGGGACUCACCACAAGAUGAUGAACUCCCGUUUUGGCGGUUCUCCCUUAGGUGGGAGGAAACGGGAAGUUGCAGUAGCGGACUCUGGAGCAGCGAGACCAGAGAUCCAGCAGAAGACGAUGUGUGGACAAGUUAGAAAGCUGCUAGACUUUAUCAGCCCUGCUUGCCCAAGGACGGAAGCGGAGAAAUCGGAGAGGCGGCAAGACUCGCCGAAAAAGCAAUCGCGGGGCUGUGCAAUGGACACCGCCGAGUUCCGGAAGCGAGGCCGCGAGAUGGUGGACUACAUAGCCGACUACUUGGAAUCCAUUUCCCAGCGGCGAGUCACGCCCAAUGUCGAGCCGGGAUACCUCCGAAAACUUAUACCGAGCGCUGCGCCCAAGAAAGGAGAAGACUGGGAUGAUAUCAUGAAAGAUGUGGAAAAACACAUCAUGCCCGGGGUCACCCACUGGCAACAUCCUCGAUUUCAUGCCUAUUUUCCUGCAGGAAAUGCUUAUCCUUCAAUACUUGCUGAUAUGCUUUCUGAUGCUAUUGGAUGUGUAGGAUUUUCUUGGGCUGCAAGUCCUGCGUGCACAGAGUUAGAAACAAUCAUGCUGGACUGGCUAGGAAAAAUGAUUGGUCUCCCUGAGGACUUUCUUUGUUUAUCAGACAAAAGCAAAGGAGGCGGUGUAAUCCAGGGUUCAGCAAGUGACUGCAUUCUUGUGAAUUUGCUUGCUGCUCGCCAUUCCGCCAUAAAAGCGUUGAAGCAAGAGAAACCUUUUGUAGAAGAAGGGACGCUUCUAUCAUCUCUCAUGGCAUACUGUUCAAAAGAAGCUCAUUCCAGCGUGGAAAAAGCUGCUAUGAUAGGUUUUGUUAAACUUCGAAUUCUUGAUACAGAUGAGAAGUUUCAAUUACGUGGUGAAACGUUAGCGAAAGCUAUGGAGGAGGAUCGAAAUAUGGGAUUAAAGCCAUUUUUUGUAGCUGCUACCUUGGGUACGACAUCCUGUUGUUCUUUUGACCCGAUCUCCGAAAUCGGUCCUGUUUGUGAGAAGUUCGGGGUGUGGCUUCACGUUGAUGCGGCGUACGCGGGCAGUGCCUUAAUUUGCCCUGAAUUUCAACACCUUUUAAGAGGAAUUGAAUAUGCAAUGUCAUUUAACAUGAAUCCAAAUAAAUGGAUGUUGGUCAAUUUUGAUUGCUCCACUAUGUGGGUAAAGGAUCGUUUUAAACUCACCCAAGCUCUCGUCGUUGAUCCGUUGUAUUUACAGCACAGCUUUUCAGAUAAGUCCAUUGACUAUCGGCAUUGGGGUAUUCCUCUGAGUCGUCGUUUCCGAUCACUGAAGUUGUGGUUUGUAAUCCGAAAAUACGGAGUCGAAGGUCUACAGAAAUAUAUACGUGAGCACGUACGCUUAGCCAAGAAAUUCGAGAGUCUAAUCCGAAAAGAUGACAGAUUCAUUGUCGCAAAUCAAGUUCAUUUUGGUUUAGUUUGCUUUAGAUUGAAGGGCUCAAACAGUUUAAACCAGAAGCUUUUGUCUUCAAUCAACGCAUCGGGUAAACUGCAUAUGGUUCCAGCAUCACUGAGUGGAAACUAUGUGAUAAGAUUCUGUGUUUGUGCUCAACACGCUACUGAUGCCGACAUCAUCCACGCCUGGGAUGUCAUAACAAUGUUCACAGAGGAGAUACUGGAGCUCAUGAAAGUAGAUAUGACCAAAGAGGAAACUGUUCCAGAAGAAGAGGAGGAGGAGGAAGAAGAGGAAGAGAUAGAAGAAGAGGAAGAAGAAAAAGAAAUCAAAGAAAAUGUCGAAGAAUCUGUAGAUGAAGUCUUCCUCCUCGAGCGUAAGCGUAAGCACAGCCUGAAAUACAAGAGAAGUUUUUUCGUUCGCAUGGUUUCUGAUCCGAAGUUGUACAAUCCAAAGAUUGUUCGUGCUCUCUCCUCAACUGACAGUCGCAGACACACCAGUGAUCCAGUGGAUAGUGAAACUGGAGUCAUCACUCCCGUUUAAAAUCAAACAGGAUUUGAUAUACAAGAAUGUCAUCGUUAGCUUCAGAAAUGAAAUGUUGUUUGCCUGCCGAGAUCGCAAGGGUACUUCCCUUCUAAAUGGAAUUUUUCACUUUCCUGCAAAAAUUAAAAUUGAUACGAUACCUAAACCUG